AUGCAUCCCUCCAGUAAAACUAAACCUCUUCCGUCCAAGCACCAAACCGCCAACGGCCCGGGAGAUCGACAGAGCAUCGGCAAAGCUUCGCUCGCGUUCGCCCAUCACUCACCAGCACGUCGCCAAUACUGCUCCUUCCCCGCUCACGAUGCGCCCGAGCCCCCGGGUCCUCUUACGCCAUCACCAACACCUGCAAGUAUGCCACCACGCGCGCGACCCCGUCACCGACCCUUGACCAUCGCAACCAUCUGCGGUACCGCAUCCCUCAUCCUACCCACCGUCACGCUCAUCCGCCUCUACACCAUCGCGGCGCUACCCGUAUACUCGCUCAUCUACGCCGGCUUCAUCAGCGGAGUGACGUUUCUCUUCUAUGGCUACGAUAAGAUGCAGGCGCGGAAUCUGGAGUGGAGAGUCAAAGAAGUGACGUUGCAUACACUGGCGAUGGUGGGAGGGUGGCCGGGAGCAUUGGCAGGCAUGCACUAUUUCCAGCAUAAGACGAGGAAGGUGAGGUUUCAGGCUGUGUUCUGGGGGAUCGUUCUGGGCUGGGAGGGUGUCGCGUGGCUCGUGUGGAGUGGUGGGGUACAGGUUGGAUGA